AUGCCACCACCGCCACGGGCCGUCAAUGGCGCAGUAUGUACCAGAAAUACAUCAAGAGUCCACCAUAGUGACCAACGAACUCAAAAAAGGCGUUCAAAUUUAUCUACCAUCGCUGCUGCGUACCGAGGGCUUAGCAGAGUGUAUGACUGGCAGCAGUAG